UAAUGUGUUAAUAUAUACUAUACUACAAAUCAGUUAUACAUACAUAUGUGUAUAUAUAUAUUCUUAUUCAUUUUCUUUUCCAUUAUGGUUUAUCACUGGAUAUGGAAUAUAGUUUCAUGCCUAUUUCUAAAACUUCUCUCUCCCUUCACGAGUCUUAGAUUUCUGUCUUGACAUUCCCCAAAGGGUGGGAAGCGAGGCUACAGCCUGCUGCUCCUGCCCUACGAGGAACAGCGUGGGCCUGGACCCUCUCCCUCCUUCCUGCCCCAGCCCACUCACAACAGCCCCGGUACAUUCGCCCUCCUUGUCUGGUGCAGUGAGCUUCUUUAAUGGGGAAGGCUCAGAACCCAGGGCCACCAAUGCUGAUGCAGGAAGGCAAGGAAAUAACAGAAACGCUGGACACACGCUACGUCUGGAUCCACGAGUUACCUAGCGCCCUCGGAAUGGACAGAAAACAGGCAGAGGAGGGUCAAGUGACUUGCCCGGGUUUAAUGUGUGGCGGAGCCCAGGCCUCCUGGCCCCUGAAUCCGAGUUCCUCGCGGGAGAGGCGGGGAGAAGCCCCUGCGGAAGGAGGAGUGAAGGCACCGUCUCCACCCUUUCCUUCUAGGGUAGAGCAACAUUCCUUACUACGUCCGGCUUACUCCACCCCUGCACGCACGGGCGCGCGCACACACGGCAAAUCCAAAGAAAGACAACUAAGGCUUCUUUGAAAGGAGAAGGGAUAGGGAAGAGGGGAGAAAGAGACCUCAUAUCCAGCCUCCAUAGAACCUCAACUUAUUUUCCUUGUUACUUCUGCUUCUUUCUCCCCAUUUUCCAAGUGUGAGUCUCCAGCCAAAGCAGUUCACAACCCAGAAGAAACCUAAUGCCUCUUUAAUCCAAAGUUUCCAUUCUGCACGCUGGGGCCAGUGUAAAACAGGGAAUAGUCGGCCUGAAUGUCAGGCAGACCUAAGUGCAGAUUCUGGCUCCCUCCCUCGCUGCCCAUGCGCAGGGUACCUGACACCUCUGUGUCUCGGCUAGUUCACUGCGCAGCGGCGGCGAGGGCCACGGUGACUGGAGGCACAGCUUCCAGUGACCAUGGACUACUCCUCCCAACUCCCCCUGAGGAUGGGGCAGCAGAGGGGGUUAGAAGCAUAGAUCUGAGGGUCUAAAUGAACCCAGGGCCAGGGAAGGAAUCUGGAACACACCCCAUGCCCCUGCCUGUCCUCUGUGAAGCUGGCCACUUUGAGGAGCAGUCCUGGAACAUAAAAGAACCAGAAGGCAGCUUUGAGGACAUUUAGCUCACAUCUUUGUUUUCAUUUGGGGAAACUGAGGCCUGGAGAGUUGAGGUAACUUCCCAACCCAGCAAGAAGAAGCCCUGAAUAUCAACCCAGGUUGAAGAGUUGAUAUUAUUUCUUAACCACAUUGUAUUCUGGAAUGGCCAAUUUGCCCUCGUCACUGUGAUCUAGAGACACGUGAAUGGAACCCACAACUGUGGGUCCCUGCGCAGAGAACAGCUGUUCACCCCAGGAAAUCAACUUUUUUUUUUAAUUAAGAGAAGUUGAACAUUAUUUUAAAAGAGAGAAAGAAGUAGCUUCUCCUAAAAAUAGCCAUAUACAGAAGUUCAUUUUUCACCCAUCUCUUUUGCUUACGAUGCAAUAUUUAAAAACUUUUGAGUAAGAGGUUCACCAGAUGCAAAGCUGGAGAGGUCUAGGGAAGGGAGGGGCAAAGAAACCUUUGCCAGGAAAUCUGUGACACUGUGGCUUUUUGUGAAUGGGAGGCCUCACACAAUAUAAAAGGGGGCACAUUAGGUGAAGGUCUACACAACAGGGGCUUGCUCUUGCAAAACCAAACCACAAGUCCGACUCAACGAAGAAGACAGAGCUCCGCCAUGCCCAGCAGCUCAGCCCUGCUCUGUUGCCUGGUCUUCCUGGCUGGGGUGGCAGCCAGCCGAGAUGCGAGCACCCUGUCUGACAGCAGCUGUACCCACUUCCCAGCCAGCCUGCCCCACAUGCUGCGGGAGCUCCGAGCUGCCUUCGGCAAAGUGAAGACUUUCUUUCAAAUGAAGGACCAACUGAACAGCAUGCUGUUGACCCAGUCUCUGCUGGAUGACUUUAAGGGUUACCUGGGUUGCCAAGCCUUGUCGGAAAUGAUCCAGUUUUACCUGGAGGAGGUGAUGCCACAGGCUGAGAACCAUGGGCCUGACAUCAAGGAGCACGUGAACUCGCUGGGGGAGAAGCUGAAGACCCUCCGGCUGCGGCUGCGGCGCUGUCAUCGUUUUCUGCCCUGCGAAAACAAGAGCAAGGCGGUGGAGCAGGUGAAGAGAGUCUUCAAUAUGCUCCAAGAGAGGGGUGUCUACAAAGCCAUGAGUGAGUUUGACAUCUUCAUCAACUACAUAGAAUCCUACAUGACAACGAAGAUGUAAAACUGAAGCAUUCUAGGGAAGGAGACCUCCAGGAUGGUGACUCGACUAGACUCCCCGACAUAAACCUCUGAAAUCCGACCCAGGGUUCUGGGAGAGCAGAGCCAGCUCCCUGGAGACCUCUACUGUGCCUCUCCCCAAGAGUAUUUAUUACCUCUGAUACCUCAGCUUCCACAUCUAUUUAUUUACUGAGCUUCUCUGUGAGCUAUUUGGGAAGAAGCCGAAUAUUAUACUUUUUUUUCAAUAUUUAUUAAUUUCACCUGUGUUUAAGCUGUUUCCAUAGGGUGAUACCCUAUGGUAUUUUAGUGUUUGAAAAGAAAUUGUAAGUUAUAUAAAGAAAUGUUCCUUGUGGAGCUAGCUGCAGUUUCCAUUCCAAGCCUAACCAUGCUUGCCAGCUGUUGGGCUGUUUUCCCUGACUGCCCUCUAAUUUCUCUUGUCCCUGGACCCACCCGGGUCCUUGGGCUCCCCGAGUAUUAUCGAGACUCAUGCUCUUAGGAAGAGAAACCAGGGAGCCGCUUUGACGAUUAAUAUUCCAGUGGCUCUGAGGGAUUGCCCUGACCUCAUUCCCCAACCACUUCAUUCUUGAAAGCUGUGGUCAGCUUGUUAUUUAUAACAACCUAAAAUUGGUUCUAAUAGAACUCAGUUUGAACUAGAAGCAACUCAAUUCCUCUGGGAAUGUUACAUUGUUUGUCUGUCUUCAUAGCAGAUUUUAAUUUUGAAUAAAUAAAUGAGUCAUUAAAACCA